CAGCAGUCAGGAAGCCACACAGUCGAACAUGGAUGCAGCACACACAGAGAAGAACAAGCCACGCCUUCUUUUCCCCGGCCUAGGUGUAUCGCAUCAUAGGUGUAUCGCAUCAAUCCAUCCGCUCAGCGCCCCGUCUGCACUGCCCCACCAGGCGCAUCACCUCAAUCUCGUCAGCACGAAAAAGUAUCGGGUCUGUCAGAGACCCCAAUACCACUCGCACCGGGCAUCCUCCGGCCGCCAACCCUGGGCCAUCCGCCCACAGCCACAGCCGGACGUCCACCCCCGGUGCCACUGGCCGGCCGAUGGCAAAUUUGGGACUCCCAUGCCGAUGCUCGUUGCCUGCUUGCGCAACGUGAAGCCUAUGGGAUGCGGGAGGCGACUGCAGGGUGGGCGGUGCGACGCCCGAUGUGCUGAAGAUGAGGGCGUCCACCGAAUAGGUGCUGAAGGAAUAUUCGGGCGGUCGCAGGCUGUCGUCGAUGAAGCAGCCGUACGUGUCUCCAUUGGUCCGCACAAGAAACAGGAGACAGCUCCCAUCGCCGACGCGAUUGAGCAUGUCGGUGUACUGGUGUCCAUGUUCAGUCGCCCUGCAACCACACAAGUGCAUCUUAGCAACAGUGAGUCAGUGUCUCCAUUACUUGUAGAGAAGCUCGAUGCCUGUGAUGUGUUUGCCCGUCAUCCGCAGUAUGGCCAUCAGCUGGCUGGCAGAGGCGAUCACAGAGGGGCUGGGGAUGCACGGCGAGCUGCCUUGCAGCCGCAUCAUGGGCUCCAUCCCCAGGCCAUAUCGCUGCAUCGCCACUAUGACUAACCUCCUGAGACGACCGCGUGCAUAUGGGGGGUCCAUCGCGCGCGUGUAUGGGGGGUCGAUCACACUCAUGGGCGGCGCAGCCCUCAUUCGGCCGACAAAGUCGCUCGCGAGAGCCUCGGCUGCAAUGUUGGCGUCAAGUGAGGGGAGGUAGUGAUGGAGCAUCGAAGAGAUCCGCUGCGAAGUCAUUCGCGUCUGUCGUCUUUGGUCCGGGACCUCUGCUUGCUGCAGUGCCCUGAGCGUGUCGGCGGCCGAUGAAUGGGCAAACACGGCUUUACGCAUCUGAGAAGACAGAGAGAGCACAUACAAGCGUCCUGGGUGGACCGAUGUGAAUCUUUGCCUACCGUCUGUAUGGCGUCCGCUGUCAGAACAAUUCGGCUGUCUCCGUGUCCUAUGAUGCCGGGGACCUGACCAGGGCCAAAGCGGCGCCGCACGGCUUCGCUGAAGGCAUCCAGAUGGGUGGCUUGUGGUGGGACGACCGUCAGGGCCGUGAUAGAAUCGAUUUCGAGCAGCGACCAAAUGCUUGACAGAAUGAAGGUCCCUGGAUCGACGACAUUGGCAGGUGGCACUGGAGCAAGUGAGACACCAGGACACCACACAAAGCCGUCAGGAGGAGAGGCGAAAACUCCAUGUGUCCCUCCGCCACUUACCAUCAAGAUGGAUGAUCAAAGUUCGUAUUUGGGGCAGCCGCUCCUUAUGAUCGCCCAGUGUGAUGCCCUUCCUUUCGUCCUCGGCCUUGACGAAAAAGCGCUGAUCUUCGGACACGAAGCCGAGCGUCAAAGUGUUGAAACCGGCACGAAUGCCAGUGUCCGAACGCCGAGUGCCCAUAUAAGAAUCGUGGGCUCCGUCGACGAGAACGCUGCGGACCUCUGCCUCUCUCCCGCACAUGAUGAACGACUCCAGUGAUGGCAUGUGCUGUCUCAAUGCCGCUGCCACCCACAUCGCGACCUCUCCGCCAACUAUCAGGGCCUUGACCUUCUGGAAGUUGGCUGUGGUAGUCAUUCUUGAGAUGUGGUGGAUUCUCGAUUCAUCAUGCGUGUGUCGCAGGCCCUCAAUCCUCAGGUUCUUGGGCAUUUGUCGUGUGCCCAUGCCUUCUAGGACGCGUAUCACGUCGGUCGCGGUCAUGUGGAAGAGCUGCAUCUUCUCCAGAUGCAGCCCCUUGUUCAGCAGCGCCUUGACAGCGCCCAGCCCGAUGUAAGUCUUCACCGUCAGAGUGCUGACGCCCAGAAGACCGUCGGCCUUGAAGGCUUGAAUCUGGGGGGGCUCAGGUGGAGCGGCAUCGACGGGUGGCACCCAUCCGUCAGCAAGACGAACUUCGAUGGACGUUCUGCGUCCCCUGCCGAUCACCAGCUUGUUGACCGUGCUGUCGUCAAUAGCGUGCCAUGACCGGUCCAGCAGCUGGUCGGGAGUGACCGUCCACACAUAGUGGUACUGCGCGGGUGCUGUGCCGAUGAAGCUGUCGAUAGAGGGACAGUCCGGGUGUGUCGGCUGCGGCGCCAUCUGCACGUUGUAGAGCUUCAGGAGGGCACCGAGAAGUUGCGGACCGCUGCUCGGCAGCUUGCCGAACUGGGUGUGGGCGAGCAGAUGGGUGAGGGGGAUGUGUUGGGCCUCUUCGGCCGAGAGGCGCGCCUCACAGAGCACUUUGCCCGAUGCCGAGCAGGUCUUGUCGAUGAACGAGGCCAGCGCCAUGAGUGUCGGGUACUCGCUGAGCAGCAGGGAAUGGCAGUCGCGGCAAUCCACCUUGAGUUCCAGGAAAUCAAGAGACUUUGAGCAGCCACGAUCCACCAAACACCUCUGGAAGCGAGACACAAUCGGGCUGUGAUCCAUUACUUCCGCCGCCCUGUUCCCUCCUGUUUUGCGUCACCUGCAGCUGUCGGAGGCCAUCUUCGAUGUUGAUCGAUUCGAUCUCGUAAAGCUUGAUGUAGCCAAUCCUCCGCAGAUUCGCGAGAGGCCCCGGUCUUCCCCGCUGCCCCAUCGGGAUGGAUCCAAUCAGCUCAGCCAGCUCCGACGAUGCCAUUUCAUCGACCUCCAGCUCCACCAGGGACUUGCUUGUGGCGAUGAAUGGCCUCAUGUCCGCCACGGUGGAUGAUGGAACGCGUGCAGACACGCGCUGGAGAGUCGGCAUGCUCCAGCCCCGCCCGUCGAUCACGGCGUGGCCGCCAGAAACGCCUUUGACGUUGGUGAGGGCCGGGAGGGUGAUGGAUUGGGAAGGGGUGGUCGGAAGAGGGAGAGCGAUGGUGUUGUUGAGGUGCCGGAUCCCUUGUACUCCAACAAUCGGUGGAAUAGUCGGCACGGCCUCGAAGGUUAGAGACUGGAGAGAGCCCUCCAUCAUGGCGGUCCCUAGCCCCUCUUUCUCGCGGACCGAUCGGCGCCCAGCUGCGUGUCCCUCCAGGAGUCCGAUGACGAUCCCAAGGCACCAGCGUGGUGCAACAUGAUUCUCAGGUGUGCAAGGGAAGCGGUGGAUGAGACACUUGAGGUUGACCAUCUGUUGGCCGAGGUCGUAUGCCGUACGCACCGUCAUGCUGCUCCAGAAUAUCCGCUGGCGUGGGUUGCUGCUGUCGAUGACGAGCUCGGUGUGGUGCCGGAGCACGAUGGCGCUGGAGAGAGAGGAAAGGGGCGGUUUGAGGCACCACACGGGAUGGAUGAACGCGUACACGCCAACGUGAAGCUCACGAGGCUGCACAGACAAUGGCAGAUGAACGGAGAGCAUCCUAUCUGUGUGAGCCCCUUCUAACCAUGGGAAGACCGGACCAUCCCUGCAUCCGAAUGGCCUGUAAUGGAAGAAAGGCGAGAGAAAUAGGUGUUCGGAUGCAUGUGUGGCUUGCUUGGUGUUAGUCUUACCCUGAAGAUGGAAGCAGUGCCCUCGUCGUCCGCUGUGCUGCCACGCUUGCGGUCUCGAGAGGGGGGUGGUGCAGGGGGACACUCACGCGCAGCACGUUGGUUCGCCAUGGGCAUCAUGAUGGUUGCUCAAUCCGCAACGGGCUAGUUCGCGUUGCUUCGCAGAUGCUCGCGCCUUCGCGAGGGACAGAUCUGCAGAUCUUCC